AUGAGGUGUUUACUGUUGCUCACAACUUGUUUCACUGUCACAGUUCUGGGUUUUGACUGCGCUAAUCAAGACGAUGGAAUCUAUGAAAUCGGUUGCAAGUCCUUUGUAAGAUGUAAAGAUGGCGAAGGUGAAACUGUUGAAUGUGAAGAAGGACUCGUCUUUAAUCCAGCUAUUGGAGAUUGUGACGAUCCAUCAAACGUUGCUUCGCCUUGCGGAAAUUUGAUUGACUGUUCAGACAAACCGGACGGACAUUAUCCAGAUUUAGACCAGAACUGUCAUUCCUAUUACACAUGUCAGGGUGGAGAAUUCUUCGGACAUAAUUUCUGUCCUGAUGAUCUGGUAUUUAACGAAGAAAUUGGUACAUGUGACUGGGAAAUUAAUGUUUAUGAACCAUGUGGCCUGUUACCUCGUCCACCUACAGAGAAAUAUUAA